AUGGGCAGCAUCGAGCAGAAGGCCGCCUCUUCUGCCGCCACGGGCACGGGCACGGGCAGCGCGCAGACGCGCACACAGGAGCGAGUCCCCCCGCUGGUGGUGCUCACGCCGUGGGACCCGACGGACGAGGGGCAGUUCGGGCGCAUGUACGAGCAGCGCGUGGCGUGCACGUGGGGGUACGACGAGGUGGAGGAGUGGAAGGAGAGGAUGCUGGGUGGGCAGAAGGUGCUUUACUGGAUUUCGCUUGCAGACGACUUCCCCUCGCGGGACGAGCUGAUGGCCCAGCACAUCAAGCAGUGGCCCAAGACCCGACAACGGAAAAAGGAGAGCGAGGGCCUCGUCGACACGGCCGUUGUCAUCGGUCAGGCUUCGCGGGAGCCGACAAGGAAGCCCUUUCACCCCGUGGGACACAUCGCCAUUGAGUCGUUCCCGGAGCGAGACACGCAGUUUGGACUGCCGGAGACGACCUUUUGGGUCAAGUCCUUGUACAUCUCGUGGGCCCUGCAAUCGUCUGGCCUCGGUCGCGGCGCCAUGGCGGCCCUGGAGCGCGUCGUCGCGGGCCCUCCUUUCGGGGCCGAGUGCGUGGCGCUCGACACGGUGACGGGCGAGUUCCAGCUGCGGGAGGAGCAGCUCGCGGGCUUCUAUGAUGCGAGGGGCGUGCCGCGGCCGGCGGUGAUCCGCACCAACGAGGACUGGUACCGUCGUCAGGGGUACGAGGUGGUGGCGACGAAUGACAGCAUGUACGACUGGGUGAACCCGGCGACGCGGGAGACGAUCAAGGUGCCGUGUGUCUUUAUGAGAAAGUACGUGGGGGCGGCUUAG